AUGUGCGGUCAGUCUCCAAUGCUACCUCCCCCUUGGGAUCUUCAUCAAUCAGUCAGAUUCCUCGGUGGUGCCCUUCCACCAUUUGUUCUAUUCUUCGCGACGUGAAAGAGCUUCAACUCUCUCGCUGGCCACCAAUCCAAAAUGGCAUGAUCCUCCAGCAGCAAUAGUGACCUUUGAUACUACAAAACCCUUGAAAUAUGCAUGGCCACGCCCGAUUAUUGUUGCCUAUCUUCUUUCUUCCCUGCCCCUUCCCUUUUUUUGACUGUUCGUACUGUAUCUCUUACACUCUCUUCCUCUCAUUGUUCUUUUCUCCCGCGGUGUGUGCGUGCGAACUAAUCCAAAUUGUGCAUGGCAUCUGGCAUGGAUUGCUAUGGUCUUUAUUCUGUUCUCAAUCCUGUCUUGCUAUCGCUUUAUGUAACAAAAACCUGGGUUUAUGCGGUGGAACGAAUCUUCUGUGCAUACCUAAAUUAUGCGUAGCCAACUUGGUAGCCUGAGGGCAUCAGUCUCAAUAUAGGAAUAGCAAAAAAGAGCCAGGCCCAGCUUAGUGGCAGUU